AGACGGGGUGUACGCAUCAGUCCCAAGCCGAUCCUGGAUGUCAGUCAAUUUGAAGAUUUCAUCUUCACUGGCUCCAAAACGGCCUCACACAUGUAAACUCGAUUCCUGCGAUCUCUGAUGCCCGCAUCCCCGGCAAAAAUUGUCUUCACCCACGGAGACAUCCGACCGGUAAACAUCUUGGUGCGCCAGGAUGAGGGAGGCUCUUGGACCGUCGUUUCUAUCAUUGACUGGGAGUCGAGUGGCUUCUAUCCCAAGUACUGGGAAUGCGUCAAAAUGACCAACAACCUAACCCCUAGGGAUGGGGAUGACUGGUAUCUGUUGCUGCCGGAGUCCUUGUCGCCACGGCAGUUCCCAGUGCAGUGGCUGAUAGACAGGAUAUGGGAUGCAAUCUGGAGAACAGCUAGAUGGGGAUCUUUGUUAUUGCAUGUAUUCAAUCUUCAGGAAAACGAAGAUCAUUUCUUGACUAUUUCAUUGCGACGGACAAACCUGUGUUGACAAGGCAGAAUAAGUAGUACCUAGAAAAGGAACAACCUGAAGCUGCCAACAAAAACAAAGCGUAACGGUGAAGGAGAGUUUCCAAAAAAAGGGAAGAACAGCUGAGGGCACCGCGUCUGGGGGAUCAGCG